CGGUCACACUGUACGCGCCCCACAAAUAAACAUUGCAAAAUAGCGUACAAAACAUCUCCGCAUCCCGCGCUUAUAAUUACUUUUAUGGCGCAUCAGCAGCAACAAAGACGACGCCCCACCACGGCCCACAAAAGCCAUCAGCAGGAAAGCCGCCGACACUAUAUUAGCAGCUAACACUGGCACACAUCAUUACGUUUAAACAAAUAGUUUGCCUCCAUUUUGCAUCGUCUUGUGCUAAAGCUCUCCAUUGAUUUAUUGGAUCAAGCAGUGGAACUACCGCAAGAUAUUGCCUAUUGCCAGCUGUCGUGAGAGCAGAGAGGUACAGAAAGAGAGAGAGAGAGAGAAAAGUGAAUUUUGUGCCGGUCAACGUCCUGCGGCGAGGUGAAGGUGAGCGAAAGGACAUUGCGCCUACCGGCUUCCCUCUCCCACGCACACGCAUACAAACGCUCUCACUUACACACGCUCUUUGGUCUUAAGUGUUUUCCACCACAUUUCGGCAAAAACAACGUUCUUCAAGAUAAGAGAAGACCGGUAAAUAACCACAACAGCGUAAUCAGAGGUCGCCCCCCGCAACCGCAACCAGCAACCAGUAAGCACUCAAUCCCCCCGCGAAGCCACAACACACACACACACGAAAUGCGGCUGUUCCCGGUACGCCUCUCGUCCGCCUCGUCCUCGAUGGCGAGCCUGGCCAAAAUGCUCGACUUCUACUCGGGCUUCAACCCAUCGCCGCUAUCCAUCAAACAGUUUAUGGACUUUGGUCAAAAUGCCUGCGAGAAAAAGUCGUUCAUAUUUCUGCGAAAGGAGCUGCCGGUGCGAUUGGCCAAUAUUAUGAAGGAGAUUGCCCUGCUGCCGGACAAUCUGCUGCACACCAGAUCGGUCAGCGAGGUGAGCUCCUGGUAUGUGAAGAGCUUUGAGGAGGUGCUGGAGUACGAGAAGGCCGAUCCCACACACGACAAUUUGCACAAGUUUGUGCAUCAUCUGGAUCUCAUUAGGAAUCGGCACAACGAUGUGGUGCAGACGAUGGCCCAGGGCGUCAUUGAGAUGAAGGAAAACGAGGGCGGCACGGUAGAUGCGCCCACCGAGAGCUCCAUACAGUACUUUCUCGACCGGCUGUACAUGUCGCGCAUCAGCAUCCGGAUGCUGAUCAAUCAGCACACUCUGCUCUUCGGAGCGAAUCCCCACUCGGGUGGUCGGCAUAUCGGCUGCCUGGACCCAGCCUGUGACCUGUCGGACGUGGUGCGCGAUGCGUAUGAGAACGCCCGCUUCCUCUGUGAUCAAUAUUAUCUGACGAGCCCAGCGCUGGAGAUCCAGGAGCAUAGCAGCGAGCCGGAGGGUAACCUGCCCAUCCGCACUGUGUACGUGCCCUCGCAUUUGUAUUACAUGCUCUUCGAGCUCUUCAAGAACUCCAUGAGAGCGGUGGUGGAGCAUCACAAUAAUGACAACUGCGACACCCUGCCGCCCCUCAAGGUGGCCAUCUGUCGCGGCCAGGAAGACAUCUGCGUCAAGAUCUCCGAUCAGGGCGGCGGCAUACCGCGCUCCCAAACGGACCAGCUAUUCAAGUACAUGUACAGCACGGCUCCGCAGCCAUCCAAGUCGGAUUUGCACACGGUUCCUUUGGCCGGCUAUGGGUACGGUCUGCCCAUAUCCCGCCUCUAUGCUCGCUACUUCCAUGGCGACAUUGUGCUGCUCUCGUGCGAGGGCUUCGGCACAGAUGCCAUUAUCUAUCUGAAGGCUCUGUCCGAUGAGGCCAACGAGCUGCUGCCCAUCUUCAACAAGACGAGCUCCAAGUUCUAUCGCGCGACGGUGCCUACGGGCGACUGGUCAAUCAGGUAAAAUACCCUAAAAAGAAGAAGACGAGCGCCGUGAGCCAGUAGGCGAGUGAUAAUGCCAAAAGAAAUCGCCUGGCUGUGUAAAAAGUUUGUCCCAUCCUGCACCAAUCCAAUCCAAACAAACCCAAACCGAACAGAUCCCAGCUGCACCCGUAAUCGCCUCCAACCCAAAAACCCGAUCAAGUGAAAAGUGUUUAUUUAUUCUGUAUGUUCAUGUUAAAGUUAAAUACGACCCUUUUUUGUAUGUGCCCCCUUACCUUCCGACCCACUGUUGUAAUUGUUUAACUUUUAUCCCGUUUUUGUCAUUUUAACAUUUGACAUUCCACAAACAUUUUACUCACUCCGAAGAAGCUGGGCCCAAGUUCUGUUUUAUUUUCGAGGGGACGAUUGGAGCGGCAAAUACGGUUACAUUGGCUUUUAUAAUUACGUCUCUAGCAAUUAAACACGAUCUACAAGAUAUAUUUACAUAUGUAUACACACAUAUAUACAUACACAAGCACUCAAACAGCAAACAGAUGUUAUGAGACAAAUUACGAAAGUAGCUAUAAUUUGUGGAUUUUAUUUAGGCUAGAGCCCCAAACUGCAUGCAAUAACAAAUUAUACAAUACACUUCUCUUUUGGAGCACACUAUUUAAAUUUAUAUGUUAAGUGAUGAAAGUUUUAAAGAAAUAAACUGUUGAAAUUA